AUGCCCCUCUCCGCAAAAAAAGUAGCCGGCACAUCUUUUCUAUGUGUCGCGCGCAGUUGCGUCAGUGUGCGGGGAAUAGUGUCGUCCAACGUAGAGACUGCGCGUAGCGAGACCAGCAAACAAAACUGGAGGCGGAACAGGCACAUACGAUAUCAGUCGUUGUAG